AUGUACGCUGGGCUUUUCAUCUGCACCCUGAAUCUAUUUCAGAGUGCUCCUUGGUCCAUCCACCUCGAGCUCAUGACAACAGUCUACGGUCUCAACAAAGACCUCCACAACUCACCUGUUCUAUCCGAACCUGAAGCGCGGUUUGCCUUAGAGCUAAUGGGUCUCAUGGACAUGCCGACCUUUGUUCGCGGUCGCUCAACUUUGUCGUUGGGAAUCUGGAAAAGAUUGCGGGUUGCACAAGGAUCAAUAGGUAUGAAAAGGGGCGGCAUUCAAUCUGUUUCAAGCCUCCCAAGAUCCUUGCUCGAUAUUUUUGCGAAUAUUCAGGACGAAGAUUCUGACACAUAUUUCUUGCAAUGGUUUGGAGAAACGGGGGAGAUACCGCAGAUCCAUCUGUGGGAGGCGUACCGUCUAGCAGGUAUUCUGACUGGUCGACGACUACGCAUCCGUGCAAACACAGUCAUUACGGCAGCUGCAUCAACAUCAUGCCCUGCCACUCCUUCUGCCGAGGUACUAUUAGGCCGCUUAGUCGCGUCCAUGGACGCGCUCUGCGAUGCGACCAGCCGGCCUGAAUAUUCACAGCUCCUCACGACUAAUGCACUGCUCUAUCCCUAUGUGGCUGCGCGGCUUGAAGUGGCUAUCUUGCUUCGCCAGCCCACCUGGAUGGAAUCACUCCGGCGAGUAACAGAGAAAUAUCAACCAUACGGCAAGACAGCGAACGCGCGUAACAUUACCGAGAUGCUAGAUGAAGCUUGGGACUCAGGAGAUGAUGCGUAUGAUAUUGAUGAGCAAGCAAGAAGGCGGAAUGUCGAGGUUGCCCUAUUCUGA